AUGGAAGUUAUUGGCGAAAAUAAUGAUGAAUCAACAUCUGAUAUGCCAAGAACACAAAUUAUUAGUGAUGAAAAUGCCAUGUUAUUAAAUGCUAAAGUCACAUUUCGAGGUAUCUAUUAAUAAUAUGUUAAUAUAGCAAAAGAAAAAAGCAUAAAUUAAUGUAAAAAAGGAUGAUAAAUCAAAAACUAAUAACGCCCCCUUUUGUUUUUACUUGAAAAAAAUGAUUCAUCUAAAUGGAUGGCAUGAUAUCACUACAACUUGCAGCAAAUCGCUUCCUCUAAAAGAACUGACUGUCCACUGUUCAUAUCCAUUCACUACUUUGAUUACGUAGCAUCAAAUAUAGUAUUUUUUGACUUUCAAAUUCUUCAUUUCCUAUUUUGUUUUUCUUUUCAAAUCAUGCUUAUUUAGAUUUCAUGAUGUGAACAUUAUCCAAAGGCUUAUUUUUAAUGCAUUUAAGGAUCCAUUGUCAAAUUAAUAACAACCCAUGUGAUAAAUACUGAGAAACUACCAUCGGCAUACCACUCGGUAUAACGUACAAGAUAUAUCAGUGAUAAAGCGUCGGAUUUUUUUUUUGAAAGUAUUAUAUCAUGGUGUAUUGUAUCGAAACGGGUAAUUAGUUUUGACAUCAAUUAAAAUUGACAGAAUUGAGUUGUUUCCGAUGCCCUGUGAUAAUGGUGAUGCAUCUAAACUAUCUGUACUAGCUAUAGAGUCCAAAUUGACCCGAGUUACGAGAUCAAUUUUUAUUAGUAAAAUAUAAACUGAAACUGUUUUACACUCGGUUAGUUUGAAUUUAGGUAGAAAACGCUUUCUUGAAUCGUUUAUAGUUGGAGUCAAAAGUCGUAUGCACUACUGCUGACUCUGAUGAAUACCGUGAUAUACCAACGAUAGUGCGAACAAAUGUGCGACAUGGAAAUGCUGAUUUUUAAAUAACUUAUCUAUGUCGCCUAUGUUUUUUUUUCUUUUUGUCCUAGAUUUAGUAUGCAUUCACUCAUUCAUUAUCGAUUCUUAUUUACUUUGUUCACGUCGAGAUAUAUUUUGAAUGUUUUGUAUGAAAAGAA